AUGUCGGCCAUUGUGGCGAAGGGUCCGGCUGAAGAUGGGGCAACAUUGGUAGAGAACCCAUACGCAGAUAUAAUAGUUCCGCCUCCUGCGGUUCGGGAGGUUAUAGAUAAGACGGCUCAGUUUGUGGCUAAGAAUGGUGUGGAGUUCGAGAAGCGGAUGAUGCAGGAGGCGAACGCGAAUGAGCGUUUUGGUUUCCUAUUUCCGAACCAUGGGUACCGGGAUUACUACGACCGCAAGUUACAGGAGGUUCGGGAAGGGAAAGUACGCACUCUAGUGCCGGUGGUACCGGAUGUUGUGAAGAAAGUUUGGGAGCGAGAGGCGGCGGCGCAAGAAAAGCGUCUGGCGUUAAAGAACGCCGCGGAGGGGCAGGGUAGUGGUUUUGAAGCGCUGGAGUUGGAUGAAAAUGAGGACUUCAUGGGCUCAGGAGAAACAAAUAUCGGUCUGACGGGAGGCGGUAUGGAGCGGUUUAGCUUGAUACGGCCUAAUGUGGGCGCUGAGGAGGACGAGGUAAUAAAGCUGGUUGCACGUUUCGCGGCCUGUUCAGGACAGGCGUUCGUCUCAGGGCUGAGUCAGCGCGAACGUGGUAACAAUGCUUUUGAUUUUCUAAAGGCGAGUCAUCCGAGCCACGGUUACUUCCGGUCGUUGAUGGAUUCCUACGCCCGGAUCAUCAAAUUGAACAGAGAAGGUGAGGACGAGUUUUUCACCAAGUCCAGGCUGCGAGUCAUCAGUCGACAGGCCGCAAUGGCCAGUUGCAGCGCGGACGAAGACCUGAAGGCUCCGCUAUAUGGCGAGAAAUUGGUGCGGAAGUUGCUGGCGCAAAUGUACGUGCGGCAGAAACACUAUGCCAAAAUCAAUGAAGAAAAAAGAAAAAAGGAGGAAGCCGAGGCAGCCGACAAGGCGGCCAUGGCCAGUAUCUUAUGGGACCGGUUUGUGGUAGUAGAAACCAUCACCUUUACCGACGCUGACGAACAGCUGCCCCUACCGGCUCCAGAUUGGACUGUUCACGCCACGCCGCCUGAAGAGCCGGUUCAAACCGCACAAGACACACCUUCUGAAACAGCGACCAAACCGGCCACCAAACCGCCGCCUCCACCGCCGCCGGUCGCAGUCGUGCAACCCGUUGCCGCCGUGACUGCUCAAGUGGACGGCGAAGAACAAAAGAUUAUUCUCAGACCCGAUUAUGUGAGGCGACCGAAACGUGCUGUGGCCAAUAACAAGUACUUCAAGUGCCCCAUUACUGGGCAACUGGUCCUAGCUGAGGAAAUGAGCUCUCAUCUUAAAGUACUCCUUCUGGACAAACAAUGGAAAAAACAAAGGGAUGAUCUAUUAACCAAAGCGCUAGCAGAUUCCGCGUAUGCACCCGACUCAGAUAUCGAAACGAAUAUCGCCAACUUCGUCCUUAAACGACCCGACUUAUUCGGUACUGUGGAAGACGAAAUACACGAACACAUUAUUAGGCCUGAUACUAUCACAAAAAAAUCCCGGCUGGGGUAA